AUGUCAGAAGAAGAGGUCCUGGAAACAGCAAAGGCAACCAUGAGAAUCCUAGGAGUUAGAAGACUUAACAGACGAACCAUCAAGGAGGGACAAGCAGAAUACACACCUACUCAAUCAGUUGUCAUCACCUUCACCGGGAAAAAAUCGCCAAAAGUUGACAUUGAAUACUACAAGAUCAAAAACUCAUGCAGAACUUUAGGACUUACGAAAUCCACACCAAUAAAAACAGUUCUGCCUGAAGCAGGGGAAAUGCCAUUGGAAUUGAGACGCAGAUGGAUAUCGACCAAAUUUAUAUCAAAACAUAUCAACAUAAUAGAUGAUAUCAUUUACAACAACAUGAUCAGCAUAUAUACAAACAUAAACAAUGGAUCCAACUACUGGAAAAAUGUCCCACCCCCAGCACUAAUAGAGGGGCUAGACCGUAUGUUGCAGCACAUACAAAGAAUACACAAAUCGCAUCUACUCCCAUGCUAUGAAUUUUCAAGGAAUGAGCAAAUUGAAACAAAUCUACGUAAAGAAGAAAACAAUAAAAGGAAAUUUUUACAAAUAAUAGAAAGUUACACUGACUAUACCAUAUGCUACACUGAUGCGUCUGUUGACCCAGAAACAAAAACAUGCGGGAUAGGAAUAGUAUGUGAAGAUCCACCUCUGAAAAUACACAGAAGAUUAAGUGACAACACCCCUAUAUGUACUGCAGAAACCAUAGCAAUCCGGGAAGCAGUCAGAAGCUUAGCCCAUCAGAGUAGAAAACUAAUAAUAGUCACAGAUUCUCUUAGCGGAAUUCAAGCGAUAACAAGAACAGGAAUAAAUAAGGACACUGACUACAUAACGUUAUCAACAAGACAAGAAAUUCUCAAGAGCAAAGACACAGACAUCAAGCUGCUAUGGGUACCAAGUCAUACGGAAAUUAGAGGCAACGAAAAGGCAGAUGAAACUAGCCCAAUCCGGAAGAAAUCUGGCACGAGUAAACCAACCAAACCUGAUCGACUCAAGAAGAUUUACCCAAGAUGGAAAAGCAGCAAUAUGGUCUAUGUGGGAAGAGGAAUUCAAGACGUGGAGACAAGAAAAAGUUAACAAUACAUAUACACAAAUGGAGCAGAAGCCUCGAAAACAACCAUGGUUUAGUGAUAUUGAAUAUCAAAGUAGGGACAUGAUAACAACAAUGACUAGAAUGCGGACCAACCACUGUAUGACACCAAUUCAUUUAAAUAAAAUAGGA